AAACUCAGUCGGCUUUCGAUAGCCACCAUGCUCAUCUCCUUUCAAUUUCCAACAUUGGAAACGGUCGUUUACCUGCGAUUUCUAGCUAUCGAAAUAGAAGUCUGGAAUUAGGGUGAAAAAAUGUGUAUCAAUUCAAUUGUUGUUCGGUAGUGUUCUCAAUUUGUGCGUCUUGUACUGUUUCCAUGUUAAUAGUUUGAUUAAGUUUUGAAUGCUGCUUCCUCGCUGACCGCCUACCCUCAUCAUGCCAUGCUGCAAGUGCUGUUAUCAUGAACCAAUCAAAAUCCCAAUCGACCUCAACAAUCAAUCUGAGCUCCUAAGAGGACCAGAGAUUGUCAGAAUAUCAAAAUUCUACAGAGAAGCUAAAGAAGGAAAAUUCUUCAGCUACUUUUCCGAAGAAACUCAAACUCUGUACGAAACAUUCAGACGAGGAGCGAAGAUCUCAAACAACGGGCCAUGCCUGGGAUGGAGAGAGCAGCAUUCCAAGCCAUACCAGUGGAUGCACUACAACGAGACCCUGCUACGAGCACGCAACUUCGGCUCAGGCCUGGUGGCGCUGGGUCUGGUGCCCGGCCAGCACACCUUCAUCGGCGUCUACAGCCAGAACUGUCCCGAGUGGAUCCUCACCGAGCAGGGCGCUUACUGCUAUUCCAUGGUCAUUGUGCCUCUCUACGACACUCUUGGACCUGAUGCCUGUGCCUACAUCAUAAAACAAGCUGAAAUAUCAGUUGUUGUUUGUGAGAACGACGCCAAAUGUAAUCUGCUCAUCGAGAAAGCGCCUCGCUGCCUGAAAAAGCUCAUCACGAUAAGAGAUGUGCGUCCCGCUACAAACCAGAGAGCCAAAAAUAGAGGCAUAGAAAUAUUACAUUUUGAAGACAUUGAGAAAAACGGAGCCUUGAAAAGCCACCCAGAAAAGCCUCCGUUACCCGAUGACCUGUGUACAAUAUGCUACACGUCAGGCACAACAGGCAAUCCAAAAGGAGUAAUGCUGACUCAUCAGAACGUGGUGGCCGGCGUGUGUGCGGUCAUCAUGCAGCUGGGAGAACACAAACCCAACACUUCCGAUGUCAUGAUCUCCUUCCUUCCAUUGGCGCACAUGCUCGAACGAUGCUGCGAGAACGGGAUGUACAUGGUUGGUGGUUCGGUGGGAUUCUACUCGGGCGACAUCCGACGCUUGUCGGAUGACAUGAGGGCGCUGCGACCGACGGUCGCCCCCGCCGUGCCCCGCCUCCUCAACCGCAUGUUCGACAAGGCCACCGUCGAGGCCAGCAACUCAUGCAUAAAGCGGUUGCUCCUUAACAUGGCUCUCAGUGCCAAAGAAAAUGAAAUCAAAAGAGGUAUAAUCCGUAAUAACGGGUUUUGGGACAGAUUUGUGUUUCGGAAGAUGCAAGAUGGAAUGGGAGGAAGACUGAGGCUGAUGAUAGUUGGCUCCGCACCACUGGCUGGCAAUGUCCUGACUUUUGCAAGAUGCGCCCUCGGAUGUUUGAUUGUUGAAGGUUACGGGCAAACGGAAUGUUGUGCGCCGAUCACGCUGACAGUGCAGGGUGACUUCAUCCCGGAGCACGUCGGUCCCCCGGUCGCCUGCUGCAUGGUCAAGCUGGCCGACGUGCCCGAGAUGGAGUACUACGCCGCCUACCACCAGGGCGAGGUCUGUGUCAAGGGCACCAAUGUGUUCCCCGGCUACUACAAGGACCCCGAGGCCACCGAGCAGACCAUUGACGAGACGGGCUGGCACCACACUGGCGAUAUUGGACAAUGGCUACCCAAUGGCACAUUAAAAAUAAUUGAUCGCAAGAAGCAUAUAUUCAAAUUAUCACAAGGAGAAUAUAUUGUACCAGAGAAAAUCGAGAACAUCUACAUCAGGAGUCAGUAUGUUCAUCAAGUAUUUGUACAUGGAGAAUCACUCAAGUCGUGCAUCGUAGCAGUGGUGGUACCUGAUGUGGAUGUCAUUAAAUGUUGGGCCUCAGAGAAUCGAAUUCCAGGAACUCUUUCCGUUCUAUGCGCCAAUGCUGAGGUUAAAAAAUUGAUUAUCGAUGAUAUGAUUACAUGGGGCAAGGAUGGAGGUCUAAAAUCAUUUGAACAAGUCAAAGAUAUAUAUCUUCAUCCAGAUCCUUUUUCGGUUCAAAAUGGCCUAUUAACACCAACUUUGAAAUCUAAAAGACCAACACUUAGAGCAUAUUUCAAACCACAAAUCGAAGACAUGUACACAAAACUACAAUAGCGCAGGCCGACUGUAAAUUAAUUUGUCAUUGAGAAAUAUGAGAGCUUCAAAUCUAUCAAUAGAGUUCAAUCGCAAUGGUGAAAUACCAGCCUUGAAAAACUUUAUUGAAUGCCUAAAAUGCUUUCAGUGACUUGAAUGAACUGAGCUUGAAGGGAUUUGUUUAUACGUUCAAGCUGAGAAAUAUCAACAGUCAUUAGCUGAGUCCAACCAUUCCAGAUUGUAGGAAUUGAGAAACCCUAUCAAAUGAGCAGAUAUCUGAACUACUUAUUCAUAAAAGUUCCCAGUAGAUAGUGAUUCAAUCAAAUGCAAACUCACUCUUAAUGUGUAGAUUGUGAGUCGAAGGUUUUGAUUCCCUAGUUUUGACAUGAUAAAAAAGUGUGCAAACACAAUAUGCACAACGAAACUUCUAAGUAGAAUUAUUGGGUUCUGUUUCUAAAGAAGCAUAAAGUACGUACAUUUUCAUAGCUGAAUUACAAUUAAUGAAAUUAUCAUUAAUUUGUUGUCAAAAUUCCCAUGAGUUAGAAAAUUAGGUACCUAGACUAAAAAUUGAGGAUUUCGCUGAUGCACAAACUAAGUUUAAUAACUUCCUUCCUCUCAUAUUCAUCAUCAUGUGUCACACAUUAGGCUAAUAAUGCAUCAUCUCCUGUUGAGACAUUUACAAGGUGGACUAUAUAAUGAUGAAGAAUAUGAUGUGAGUAAAAUUUGAAAUAUUUAGAGUUCAAGAAAAAUUACAGUAUAAAUAAUAAAAUACCUAUUAAAUAUAUAGUAUGUUUCCAGAAGAGACACUUUGGUUUUUUCACAAUUAAUCCUUCCUAUUUCUCUACUAAUUGUAGAGAUAUUUACAGGAAAGGCAACUAGGACAAAUAUUGUAAAUUAAUAUAUUAAAUUGUUACAGUAUAGAUUUUAUAAUGUAAAGUUACUUAUUAUCGAGCUUAGAAGAAUGGAAAAAAUCAUGUAGAAUAAUCAAAGAUUUUCAACCUCAUGAUGCAUGAUCAAAAUGCGUCACCAAAUCAAUUCAAUUUAUUACACAUGAUUGAUAGAUUAAAAUUUGUACAAACACUUUAUUUACAAUUAAAUAAUAUAAACGUAGAUUACAUAUAUUAUUUUUCACUUUGUGAAAAUAUUGAAAAGUGGAAUCCCCCAAGAAGACUAUUAGUUUAUGAAUGGGGGAGACCAACGUUAGUAGACAGAACUCUGUCUACUAGGUAACUUUGGUGGGAGAGCUCCUAGAAGCACAUAGUAACAAAAUGAAAGCAAACACUAGAAAAACUAGUAUUCUAUUUUCAACUCUUUGUAUGAGAGAUUUCAAUAGAAUUUUGAUAAACAAGUUUUCUAAACUUACAAAACUAUUUUCACAUUAUGUUAUAUCGAUUGUCAUGCUUCCUUUUUGAUGAGACAAUCCAGAAAAUUAAUCAUUAUUUCCAUGACAUAGUUUGUUUUUGUAGGUAAGUGACUAUUCAAUACUCAAUUCUAAAUCCUAAAUGUAUUUUGCAUCCUAGGAAAAUUGACAAGUUCCGUAUAGUAUAAUUUUUUAAUUCUUCAGUUUCUUUGAAGCUAGUUUUCCUAUCCGAACGGCCGCAGUAGCAAAAUAUGUUAUUAGUUUGGUCAGUUGACGCUGGUCUGGUCAUUGAUUCUAUUCUUAUCCUCCUGGAAUAAUAUCUACUGAAAUUCAUUUAAUUCAUAUAUGAGCCACACACAACCUCUGAAGAGAUUAAGAAAGUGGAAACAUCAGAGUAGAUACUUCAACACAGUACUACGCAGUAGGAUGAUUGAUUAAUUGAUUUUAUCAUCCUAUUUUUGUAGAAGGUCUCUUUAGUGUUUUGUAAAACAUUGAAGUGGAAAUACUUGUAAAGUUGUUUUGUUUCGUUGUUAAAAUAAUAGUAAGUUGUAGAAUAAAAUGUAAAUUGUAUGAAAUUGACUCGUGAUAUAUUAUUGUUUACAUCUAGCUCUAUCUCUACCUAUAACUAGUUAUAUUACCUCUAAAUAAUACACCAGAUUCUUGAUUGAAAUUAUGGGUAUUCUGGUAUUGCUCAUAUUUUAUUUUAUUCCAUAAUAUUCCUGGUUUACCCAAAAAUCUCUAAAUUAAAGGAACCAACUACUCCACCAUCCCUACUCAAAAAUAAAAUUAAGAUUGACAAAAUUAAUAAUACCGAGUGAACUGGCCGAUUCAAGUCUGGUAUCAGUUUUCAGGUGACCCCUGAUCAAUUUCAUUACUUAUGACAUGACUUAACGACUGUAAGCCGUGAUCGACGAUUUAACGUGCCCAUUCGAAACACGCCGUUAACAGAGAAAAAUAUUUUGGCCAGCCGAGGAUCGAACUCAGGGUCUCAGGUUCACAAAGCCAGCGUCUAUACCACUAGACUGUAGCCAACAUUGAUCAUAUCCCUUUUCAUAUUAUAAGAGAAAUUCAGGAAACAGAGAAACCCAUAUAAAUUGUUUCUGUAUGAUAUUUUAUUCAAAAAUACAUGGUAAAUUAAAGUACAUUAUGAUAGAAUAUGAUUAAAAAUUAUGGAAGAUUGAAAGUAGAAACAAAUACCUAGUCUGAAUAAUUUAUAAUAGUCUAAAUAUUUCGAACUUUCAAACUGUAAUCUAGAUUUGGGAGAGAAAUAGUACAUACAAGGAGUAUCCUUAGUUUUUCUCUCCCAGUCAGUCCUCUCUUGUGAGAAUAAGAAUGAAUAAAGAAUUUGUCAUGCUUAUCAAUUUCAAUAAUCGGUGGGUGGAAACGAGAAGAAUGUUUAUUAAUGGUACAUGGAACACCUACUUACAGGAUACAUAAUUUAACAUUAGUUUUCAUAUUGCACGUGUCUGAGAAGAUUAGCUACAAUUUGUGGUUUUUGAUGUACUUGAUUAACGACAUUAAUGUUAGACCACAUGUAUAAUUAGAUUAAAUUUCAGAGAUUAACUUAACUCAUUAGACUAUUCUAAUUUAAAUGAAUAUGUCACUGAAAUUAAUUCGAGUCGCGUGUUCCAACUAUCAGUGCUUGUCUGCUCGUUUCUAUUAAAAAAAAGUAUACUGAUUACCGGAUUCGAAGCGGUAAAGAUGGUUGAAAUUGUAGGCUAUCCAUCAAAACUAUUAUUUAUUCUAAUUUAAAUAGGCUCUUUUAAAUUAUUAAUAGUUUUUAUUAUUUUAACUUGUGAUUUUUGUGUUACUUUAUUAACGACAUUAAUAUUGAACCAUAUGUAAUUAGAUUAAAUUUCAGAGAUCAACUCACAAAACUAAUAAAUUAUUCUAAUUUAAAUUAAUCACUGAAAUAAAUUCGAGUCACGUGGUUUUAACUAUUAGUGCUUGUUUGCUCGUUUCAAUUCAAAAAAAAAUUUAUUGAUUAUUCGAAGCGUUAAAGAUGGUUAAAAUUGUAUCCAUCAAUAAUUAUUAUUAAUACUGAAUCCAAGAAAUUUAUGCUCUUGAGAUCAACAAUGAAGAUCAAUAAAUUAUUUUAUUGAUAUACUGAUGAGGUUGUACUGGUAAUAAAAUUCGAUUUAUAUUGAAUACUAUUACUAAGUUGUAUAAAAAACCACUCUGAACAGCCGAGAUGCUAUGUACUGUACAUCUAUAAUAUAAUAAAGGAAAGAAUUGGCUUAUACACAUACGGGAUACAAAAUUCACGAAUUACGCAUUAUCUCAUCUGAACUACUGGACUGAUUAACUUGAAGUUUUGCAUAUUGAUCCUUAAUUCACCAAGGAUGGUUAUAGGCCUAUUUCAAAUUCUUCAAAAUUUGAGUUUGU